CAGUGAGGACGGGACUCUACUGCCGAGACCAGGCUCACACUGAGAGGUGGGCCAUGACCUCCGAGACCUCUUCCGGAAGCCACUGUGCCAGGAGCAGGAUGCUGCGGCGACGGGCCCAGGAAGAGGACAGCACCAUCCUGAUCGAUGUGAGCCCCCCUGAGGCAGAGAAGAGGGGCUCUUACGGGAGCACAGCCCACGCCUCGGAGCCAGGUGGACAGCAAGCGGCCGCCUGCAGAGCUGGGAGCCCUGCCAAGCCUGGGAUCGCAGACUUCGUCCUCGUUUGGGAGGAGGACCUGAAGCUAGACCGGCAGCAGGACAGUGCCGCCCGGGACAGAACAGACAUGCACAGGACCUGGCGGGAGACUUUUCUGGAUAAUCUUCGUGCGGCUGGGCUGUGUGUAGACCAGCAGGACGUCCAGGACGGGAACACCACAGUGCACUACGCCCUCCUCAGCGCCUCCUGGGCUGUGCUCUGCUACUACGCCGAAGACCUGCGCCUGAAGCUGCCCUUGCAGGAGUUACCCAACCAGGCCUCCAACUGGUCGGCUGGCCUGCUGGCAUGGCUGGGCAUCCCCAACGUCCUGCUGGAGGUUGUGCCAGACGUACCCCCCGAGUACUACUCCUGCCAGUUCAGAGUGAACAAGCUGCCACGCUUCCUCGGGAGUGACAACCAGGACACCUUCUUCACAAGCACCAAGAGGCACCAAAUUCUGUUUGAGAUCCUGGCCAAGACCCCGUACGGCCACGAGAAGAAAAACCUGCUUGGGAUCCACCAGCUGCUGGCAGAGGGUGUCCUCAGUGCUGCCUUUCCCCUGCACGACGGCCCCUUCAAGAUGCCCCCAGGGGGCCCGCAGGUUCCACGCCUCAACCAGCGCCAAGUCCUUUUCCAGCACUGGGCGCGCUGGGGCAAGUGGAACAAGUACCAGCCCCUGGACCACGUGCGCAGGUACUUCGGGGAGAAGGUGGCCCUCUACUUCGCCUGGCUCGGGUUUUACACAGGCUGGCUCCUGCCAGCGGCAGUGGUGGGCACACUGGUGUUCCUGGUGGGCUGCUUCCUGGUGUUCUCAGACAUACCCACGCAGGAACUGUGUGGCAGCAAGGACAGCUUCGAGAUGUGCCCACUUUGCCUCGACUGCCCUUUCUGGCUGCUCUCCAGCGCCUGUGCCCUGGCCCAGGCCGGCCGGCUGUUCGACCACGGCGGCACCGUGUUCUUCAGCUUGUUCAUGGCACUGUGGGCCGUGCUGCUGCUGGAGUACUGGAAGCGGAAGAGCGCCACGCUGGCCUACCGCUGGGACUGCUCUGACUACGAGGACAUUGAGGAGAGGCCUCGGCCCCAGUUUGCCGCCUCAGCCCCCAUGACAGCCCCGAACCCCAUCACGGGUGAGGACGAGCCCUACUUCCCUGAGAGGAGCCGCGCGCGCCGCAUGCUGGCCGGCUCUGUGGUGAUCGUGGUGAUGGUGGCCGUGGUGGUCAUGUGCCUCGUGUCUAUCAUCCUGUACCGUGCCAUCAUGGCCAUCGUGGUGUCCAGGUCGGGCAACACCCUCCUCGCAGCCUGGGCCUCGCGCAUCGCCAGCCUCACGGGGUCUGUAGUGAACCUUGUCUUCAUCCUCAUCCUCUCCAAGAUCUAUGUAUCCCUGGCCCACGUCCUGACACGAUGGGAAAUGCACCGCACCCAGACCAAGUUCGAGGACGCCUUCACCCUCAAGGUGUUCAUCUUCCAGUUCGUCAACUUCUACUCCUCACCCGUCUACAUUGCCUUCUUCAAGGGCAGGUUUGUGGGAUACCCAGGCAACUACCACACCUUGUUUGGAGUCCGCAAUGAGGAGUGCGCGGCUGGAGGCUGCCUCAUCGAGCUGGCACAGGAGCUCCUGGUCAUCAUGGUGGGCAAGCAGGUCAUCAACAACAUGCAGGAGGUCCUCAUCCCGAAAUUAAAGGGCUGGUGGCAGAAGUUCCGGCUUCGCUCCAAGAAGAGGAAGGCGGGAGCUUCUGCAGGGGCUAGCCAGGGGCCCUGGGAGGCCGACUAUGAGCUUGUACCCUGUGAGGGUCUGUUCGACGAGUACCUGGAAAUGGUGCUGCAGUUCGGCUUCGUCACCAUCUUCGUGGCCGCCUGUCCGCUCGCGCCGCUCUUCGCCCUGCUCAACAACUGGGUGGAGAUCCGCUUGGACGCGCGCAAGUUCGUCUGCGAGUACCGGCGCCCGGUGGCCGAGCGCGCCCAGGACAUCGGCAUCUGGUUCCACAUCCUGGCGGGCCUCACGCACCUGGCGGUCAUCAGCAACGCCUUCCUCCUGGCCUUCUCGUCCGACUUCCUGCCCCGCGCCUACUACCGGUGGACCCGCGCCCACGACCUGCGCGGCUUCCUCAACUUCACGCUGGCGCGCGCCCCGUCCUCCUUCGCCGCCGCGCACAACCGCACGUGCAGGUAUCGGGCUUUCCGGGAUGACGAUGGACAUUAUUCCCAGACCUACUGGAAUCUUCUUGCCAUCCGCCUGGCCUUCGUCAUUGUGUUUGAGCAUGUGGUUUUCUCCGUCGGCCGCCUUCUGGACCUCCUGGUGCCUGACAUCCCAGAGUCUGUGGAGAUCAAAGUGAAGCGGGAGUACUACCUGGCUAAGCAGGCGCUGGCUGAGAAUGAGGCUCUUUUUGGAACGAACGGAACAAAGGAUGAGCAGCCCCAGGGCUCAGAGCUCAGCUCCCACUGGACACCCUUCACGGUUCCCAAGGCCAGCCAGCUGCAGCAGUGACGCCUGGAAGGACAUCUGGUGGUCCUUAGGGGAGUGGCCCCUCCUGAGCCCUGAGAGCAGCGUCCUUUUCCUCUUCUCUCAGGCAGCGGCUGUGUGAACCGCUGGCUGCUCUUGUGCCUCAUCUCUGGGCACAUUGCCUGCUUCCCCCCAGCGCCGGCUUCUCUCCUCAGAGCGCCUGUCACUCCAUCCCCGGCAGGGAGGGACCGUCAGCUCACAAGGCCCUCUUUGUUUCCUGCUCCCAGACAUAAGCCCAAGGGGCCCCUGGACCCAAGGGACCCUGUCCCUCGGUGGCCUCCCCAGGCCCCUGGACACGACAGUUCUCCUCAGGCAGGUGGGCUUUGUGGUCCCCGCCGCCCCUGGCCACAUCACCCUCUCCUCUUACACCUGGUGACCUUCGAAUGUUUCAGAGCGCAGGGCUGUUCUCCCUCGUGUCCUCUGGACCCACCCACCUCUUCCUGCCCUGUCCACGCAGGGACAUCACCCACAUGCCCCAGCUCUCGGACCCUGCAGCUCUGUGUCCCAGGCCACAGCAAAGGUCUGUUCAACCCCUCCCUCCAUUCCCAGUUAUCUGGGUCCUCUGGAUUCUUCUGUUUCUUGAAUCAGGCUCUGCUUUCCCCCUAGCCACUACAGGCAGCCUCUGACAGUGCCGCUUUAAUUGCAUUCUGCAGCAAUUACAUGUGUCCUUUUGAUCCUUGCCCAACUUCCCUCCCUCUCCCAGCUCCUGGCCCCUGGCCCAGAGCCCCUCUUGCUGUUUUUACCUCUGUUCCUUGGGGCCUAGUACACAGCAAGCACCCAAAUGGGGGAGGUUUUGGGAUGAGAGGAGGAAAUGUGUAUACCUGUAAAUCUGGUGGCUCUUCCCCCAGAAGUUUGUGUUUAUACAUAAUUAUUUUCCACGCUGGAUCAUAAUGUGACGUGCAGUUCUGCCCUGUGCUGGGGAGCCACAUGAAGCUUCCCCUGGCUAACUUGCUACCCCACAACAAUCCCAGUGUGGCCGUCCACUUGCUACAAAAUGGAUCUGUGCUCAUCUGUAUUGAUGUCCUUGGAGUUCUACAAGUGGAACUUAAGUGUCAAAAAGAAUAUGUGGUUUUUAGCUGAGCGUGGUGGCUCACACCUGUAAUCCCAGGACUUUGGGAGGCUGAGGCGGGAGGAUUACAAGGUCAGGAGUUCGGGACUAGCCUGUCCAACAUGGUGAAACCCUGUCUUUACUAAAAAUGCAAAAAUUAUUCUGGGUGUGGUGGCGGGCAUCUGUAAUCCCAGCUACUUGGGAGGCUGAGGCAGGAUAAUAGUUUGAACCCGGGAGGCGGAGGUUGUAGUGAGCUGAGAUCUCGACACUGCACUACAGCCUGGGCGACAGAGCAAGACUCCGUCUCGGGAACACACACACACAAAAAGAAUAUGUGGUUUUAAUGUGCUUUGAUGAGUACUGGCAAACUUACUCUACAGAAAAGGCCUCUUUCUGAACAUCCUCGCCUGCGUUCUAUUUGACCCACCGUGAUGCCUGGCCUGAGGGCGGCGUGCUUGCUUGUAGCAUUUCUUGAGGAUUUGCUAUUGUUCACCUGCCUCUUAGGAGCACUGUGCCCUGCCUCCAUGGAAGGGCGCUUCCGGCAGGGAUGCGGGCUCACAGGGCCCUGGGGCUGGACACCACCGGCCGGAGCAUGGCGGACAGCACACACGGCCCGGGGCGGGAACCUUGGAAACUUUACACAGACGGGGAGCUCAGCCAUUCCACGUGUGCUUUCGCUCAGCACAGUGCUUACUACAAACCCAUGUGUACUUCCUUCCAGCUGGUUGCUUUUUAUUGUUGCUGUCUUAAACUCCAAAGUUUUAAGGUGAAUUUAUUGAAACGUACGAAAAUGCUCAGUUCAUACAGGCUUCCAGGUGAACAAACUGUUGUAACCAGCACGUGGGUAAAAGGCAAGUUCCACAUCACCCGACGUGGAAGCUCCCCGAUGCCCACGUGCGCCCUACCCUGUGACCCUCUCCCAUCCAGGGCCCUGAUGCCCACGUGUGCCCUACCCUGCCUGUGACCCUCUCCCAUCCAGAGUAGCCACCACCUCGGCCACCAAGCAGAGAUGGAACUGGGGACUUUGCAUUUGGCGUCUGCCGCGGGACAUCGCGCGAGCUCCAUCCGUGCCGAGCAUCCAUCUCAGCCCCUCCUGGCUGCUGGGCUGCUUCGUGUUUGGCUUGGGGUCAUUUUGCAGUUGUGUGCUUUGCUGUGGGUUGCAUAUUUAGGGCCCAACAGAACUGCUGGGUCAGGGAUAAACAUGUUCGGCAUUUUUUUUUUUUUUUUUUUUUUGAGAUGGAGUCUCGCUCUGUCACCCAGGCUGGAGUGCAGUGGUGUGAUCUCAGCUCAUUGCAAGCUCUGCCUCCCGGGUUCACGCCAUUGUCCUGCCUCAGCCUCCCGAGUAGCUGGGACUACAGGCGCCCGCCACUACGCCCAGCUAAUUUUUUGCAUUUUUAAUAGAGACGGGGUUUCACCGUGUUAGCCAGGAUGGUCUCGAUCUCCCGACCUCGUGAUCCGCCCACCUCAGCCUCCCAAAGUGCUGGGAUUACAGGCGUGAGCCACCGUACCCGGCCAACAUAUUUGGCUUUAAGAGGAACUGCCACACCCGUCUUCCCAGGUGGGGACCAGCCCAGUCAGCAGCAGGAACACCUAUUCCCUCUUGACUCUUCCCGGUAUCUCCUGCCACUCAGGUGACGGGUGGCUCCUCCCACUCAACGCCCCCUCCCUCCUCCUCCUCCAGCCGAGGCCUCCGCCUGCACCCCCCCCCCCCACCCCCCAACUCAGCUCAUCAUAACUCACAGGCCAGGUCCAGGGUGCCAGGAAUGCCACUGAGGCUGGCAGAGUCCUAAAAGGGAGUGGCAGGUGCUGCUCCACAAGGACGGUUGUCCACCCUCAAUGAGGAGGGCUGCAGGGCAGCUGCUGACUGUCUGGCAGCCAGAGGACAGGGACAGGCAGCCAUCCUCUUGCCAUGACCACACCUGGGUCUCCCUCAAUGUGGCUCCCGAGGGGCCGUUGAACACGGUGUUGAGAACUGCUGAGAAAAUCACACCAAAGACGAACUACCCACAGAUGCCAGUCACCACUCCAGGGUGACGAGAAAGAGAACACACAGGCGGCAGCGUGACAAAAUGAGUCCCAGCAUGCUACAUCUGGUUUCGGGUUUUAUUUUAGAAUUUAUAAAAUUCCAGUGUCAUCCAUAUUCAUGAGCCUUUACACAUGUUUGCAUAUAAUCUCCAAAUUCCAAAGUUAAGGCCAAGGGAUGGAUUGUAGCUAUGGAAACAGAUGAUAUGGAAGACAUCCAACAAGGAGGAAAAGCACACACACGCCUCACCCCUGCCUCAUCUCUGCCCAGGGCUGUCCUGACAGCACAGAGGCUUCAGGGAGACAGGCCUGGGGACAGUCAUGUCAUCACCCUUACAACAACCACCCGAAGGAAAAGAGAGCGCUGAACAGUUUAGGAAAGGGCUUGCGUCUAAGACAUCAAGCGACAUACAGAGAUGUGCAAAACUUGGUGAGAAUUAAAAUUGGCCUUUGGGAGAGGGUAGGGGCAGGAUGUUUUAGGACAUUGUAGAAAAGACAGGAGGAACCCGCUGGGAUGGAGAUCAGGGGGAGCUGGAAGCAAGCAGCCAACAGGACAGAGUUCCGGAACUCAUGCAGAUGGGGAAGAGGUGACAGCCCUUCCCCACUGGCCUCCCCCUUGGAGGUGGAGGAGACAGAUCCCGGGAAAGGCAGGAAAAGGGCCUUGCUUGCCUUCCCUGUUUCCUAAGCCGUGGUCACCCUAGCCUAUGAAGCUGGAAGAUAGAUAUAUUCCUUCCGAUCCCAAUUCACCAUUCCUGUAAACAGGCCCAUUCAGGGCUGCCUGAGCAAAUGGGGACUUGCCGAGGCACCUGCAACUAGACUUGGGCUAAGCCGUUCUGGGUCUACUCAGGAAUUCGAGUCUGAAGAUGACCAAGCUUGAGUUAUUCAACUGAGAGUGAGGUGUCAAGGCGUAAGCGACUGUCCCCAGGGAAGGGCUGUGAGAUGGAUGGGCGUGAGUCAGCUUUUCCAAAACUCAAGUACCUGGGACAGGACAACUCGCUAGCAGCUCAGUCACCUCCGUGGGGGACAGAGAGAAGGAUGGGAAGACCAGAAAACCAGAGACUAGGGCCCCGUCCUCAGCCCUCCCAGCACGACACAGAUGCCUCCCUCGGAGAGCAGGGGGUCUCGGCAUCCAGCGGUGUGGUCUGCAUUCCGCUCUACCUCAUGCUCUAGGCCCCAUGCCAUCGUCUCGGCCCUAGACCGUGAAAACUGCCAGUCACCCGGGACCUGCUCCUAGGGGCUGGCCUGCACAGCCGGAUGGCCUGUGGGCGGGGUGGGAGUGCCCACUCCCACUCCAGAUGGGCCUGCUGGCCACUGACCCACCUGUGCUGAGGGAGAGCGCCAGCCUCCAGCUUGGGUACACGGCGCCCACCCCCAGCUCCACGGGAAACCCAUAACCACCAGAAACGUCUCAAUCAAGAGACGAGUGUGUGGGGUGGCACUAACUGCACAGAGACCACUCCACGCCGGCUGAGGUAGAAAGAAAGCAACUGAACACACAGCAGCUAGGGCAGGGGCGGGGAGGGGCUGCAGGUGGUGUGAAGAAGAGCCCAGCUGUCAUCUAAGGCAAACUGCCCCCACUGAGGACAAGCGUAAGGCCCUACCUCCCCCAUCCUGUGCGCAUCUCAAUCACAGCAGACACUGUGACGGCCACAGGGGACCCAGAUGGUGCCUACCACCUUGCCUCCAGGCUCCACUCACCAGACCUCAGGCUGAGGGUCUGGCAGUGGAGGUAGGGGCAGGGACCCUUGGUGCUUUCAGACCCCACGGCAGGUAAAAUCAGGACUGCCUGAGAACCCGUCACCCUCUGCCUCUCAGGUCACCCCCCAGCUCCAGGAACCUGCCUCCUGCUGUCCACUGCCAGGUCUUCCCUGCACCCUGACACCUGUGCUGAGGCGCUCUGGCAGCUGGAGGAGGCUGACUGCACUCCACAAACAGGACUGUCUGGACCAAGGGAAACUGGCAGGAGGGAGGUGGGAAAGGAAGAGGGCAAACGUUUGGCUUUUAUAAAGUCAAGGACGUUUAUUUCCUGAGGUCAUGACACAGGAAGUGGAACCCUAGCCACGGCUGCGGAGCUCUCGUGAUGAAGGCCAGAGUGCUGACUGACUGACAUGCCGGGUGGACCAGGAGCUGGAGUCUGUUAUCUUAGCACGAAUGCUCAUGACCUGGGUUUAGUGUUAAACAGUGGAGCGGGUCCUGAGCGGGCACGGCCAGGCCUGGAGGAGCGGCCGCACACAGAGCCAGGCGCUAGGCUCCCUGCGGGACCUCGGGAAGGGGAAGAGCGUCAACAAUUUACGGAGGGGUCCAGCCGCUGGGUCAGAUUGAGACAAACCAUUGUGUGGCUGGGUUCGGGUCAGCAGGCUGGAGAGGUUUCUGUUCUUUUUGAUCAUUAUCGUUUGGGGCCCCAAGGGAGAGUCUUGGGAGCCACCUGAGCCCCAAAGCUGGGAAAUUCUUCAGAGCUGCUCAUGUCAGGAGCCUGUGUAGACAGAGGACACGGCUUCAGGAGGGGAUGCUCCCCAACUCGCAAGCAGCUUCCGACGCAGUUGCCACCCUCGGGACACCAAGCCCGCCUGCCCACCCACCCUCCCUGGGACCCAGGAGGGCAGAAGCCCUCAUCUCACCUUCUCACUGCUGCUGGCGGUCCAGGGUGCGUCCCGCACCACAAAGCCUCUGGAAGGUGCCUUGGCCUCUUCGUGUGCUGGGGGUUUCAUAUAUACCUGCAGCGCCUCACUGUCCACCACGUCAGCUAGCUAAAGGCAGAGGGCAGGAAGACAGGGUCGGUCUGCCCAGCACCCCCAGCAUCCCGCCCGCCUGCUCACCCUUGCACCUCGCCUGCCUCUGGAAACACAAGUGCCACCUUGUCCCCUGAAGCUCCUGGCUGGGCCUCAGGCCGGUGGACGUGCCAGGGUGCCUCAGGGCUCCAAGGCCCACAGAGACUCACGUAUUCCUCCUCCAGGUUGAGGAUGUGGUCGAUGGCUUCCUCCACAUUCUCUGGGAGCCCCGUCACAGUGACGCAGUUGGGGUCUGGGGCUCCGCUCUGUGGGAAGCGAAUGUCCACCUGGAAGGGGUGUACAACGCCAGAUGAGGGGACUCCAAGCGAGGAAAAGGGUUCAAAUUAUGUGUCUAUUUCUAGUGAAGCAUUUUCUGAGUUAGCAAACAUUUUAAAAUCUGGUUUCAGAGUUGUUCUGGAGUCAGCCAGCCUCAUCACCACACCAAGUUAGGUGUAUCUGAGGAGCACCUUGUUCACAGCAGACAGAGGGCCGCAGCACGUACUGUGCGGUCUUGCAUGAAAUUCCCAUCCACAGAGGAGGAGCUCGCCAGGCGGCUGUCAAGGAGAUGCCCUCCUAAUGGCCACCGUGGCAGUGCAGCCUCACACAGGCCGUCGCCUGCACUGACCCGUGGUGUCCAUGAGGACAGUUCCACUGCCAGCCUUGGGGUUGUGGCCUCAUCAUCUUGAGGGGAAGGCCAUGCCCUGCCCUUUCUUCUGGCCAGCCAGGUGCCCCCAGUGAGAGAGGAUUCUCCCCCACUGUGCUUCCAGCCGGCUCACCUUGAAUUCGUCCAUGAUUUUGCGAAUGGCUUUGCCACGGGCACCAAUGAUGCGGGCGUGAACGCGGUGGUCCAGCGGGACGUCCUCAGAAACCAUCUGCUCAAGUUCACCCACAAUUCUCAGUAUAGCGUCCCUGGCAGCUUCUGUGUUCUUUUCGUACCCUGUGAUGGUAAUUUGGUCCUGGGGCUAAAAAAGGAGAAUGGAGUCAGAAAAGGGGAUGCCUUACUGGGAUUCCCGUCAGGGGCAAGAGCCGGCCCCCACUGCUGAGGAAAACAGCUCAGGAGAGAAGAUGGAAAGCAACGUCACGGCUGAUUUAAAACAAGAGGUUAACAAUGUCCACUCAAGGCCGGGCACGGUGGCUCAUGCCUGUAAUCCCAACACUUUGGGAGGCCGAGGCAGGCGGAUCACCUGAGGUCCGGAAUUCGUGACCAGCCUGACCAACAUGGAGAAACCCCGCCUCUACUAAAAAUACAAUAUUAGCCGGGUGUGGUGGUGCAUGCCUGUAAUCCCAGCUACUCCGGGGGCUGAGGCACGAGAAUUGCUUGAACCUGGGAGGCGGAGGUUGCUGUGAGCCGAGAUUGCGCCACUGCACUCCACCCUGGGCAACAGAGCAAAACUCCAUCUCAAAAAAAAAAAAAAAACAAAAAACACCCCACAUAAAACCAAUGUCCACUCAGCUUCCAUCUCUUCCCAAACUCUACCCGAAAGACAGUGAAUUACAGAACGAAAAAGGACAUUUGUCCUCAAAGACAAAGGAGAGACACUAACAGGCAAGAACUCUGGACUCAAGGACAGCGGGGCAAAGACAAAGCCCCAAGCCCCUCAGCUUCCUGCUUCUUUGCCCACGUGGGCCACAGUCUGGAGGCAUCUUUGUGCUGGAGGCUGGAGGCUGGCUGGCUGGCAUUCCUCAGCGAGCCCCUCGCUCAGAGAUCCCACCUGCUCAGGCCUUCCUUGGGCCACACAAAUGGACAGGAGACACCAUACCAGACUUGGGAUAGCAGACAAGCAGACCAAGCAGACAGUUCAGGGCAUAGAGAAGGAAACGUAACAAAACACCUGUAGCCCACAAUCGGCGAAAACAACACGUCCACAACACAAAAACCACCACGCAACAGGACUAGAGGACGGGGACAAAUCACAACACGGAACCACCAUCACGCAACAGGACUAGAGGACAGGGACAAAUGCCUGGAAAGGAAAUGAGCAGAAAGACCUAACCUAGAGACAACAGAGCAGCAGCCCAAGAAGCUUCUGUCCAGAUUGAAGCAAAAUGCCAGAGCGGGAGGCAGCAGCCCCACCCACCGUGGCCCAGCAGAGCUGACAGCCUCAGGCACCACCCGCAUGCUGCCAGGUACAGAACCUCAAGAUCGGAAGCACAGCUCACAGGAAAAAGCUGCCUGUGAAGAAAUGACUGCUCCACCCCACUUGGCUCAUGGUUUAUUAGAUGGAAUAGUCUAAUUGCUAAACAAUGACUUUUUUUUUUUU